GCUGUCACAAUCUCCACCCCUUUUAUAAAUUUCCUCCCCGAAAUUUAUAAUUCCAUUGGUGUUCUUAGUGUUAUUUUGCUAAAUUAGGUAUUUUGCUACAAAAUCAACAUUCAAUGCUCCAUGAUCCUCGAAAUUUAUAAUUCCAUUGGUGUUCUUAGUGUUAUUUUGCUAAAUUAGGUUCAUCGAUGGCUUUACCAGAGGACGACGCGUUACACUCUCACUCUCUCUCCAGUCACCUAGCUUCUUGUCAUUGCUCAAAGCCUGAAACCGAUUCUCAUUAUCUACACCACAGGCUUCCCAUUUUCAAACCCUAGACUUCUCUCACUAUCUCUCCCCCUUCUUCCCUGAUAUCUCGUCUCUUCUCUCUCCUCUUCGUCUUCUUCUUCUUCGCUGACAGGAGGCUUCAUGGAUGAUCCAAAGCUGCUAGUUGUUGCCAUUGAUGGCGAUAUGCAAGAGUUUAGUUUUGCCCAAAAGGGUCUUCAAGUCACGUGGGAAACUGUCAUCAAUGAUAUAAUCAAUUCAGAUUAUUGUUUUGCAUUUGAGGUGAGAGAUAGCUACUAUUAUAAUGCAAAAAAAGACAAGAAGGUCGCUGUUUUGAAGUUUCAGGCUUCAAGAAAAUGUGCUUUUAUUUAUGGGUGUGGUACCACAAACUAUGAUAUUAAGUAUCGUGUGUGCCUUGAUGAGUCCGAGCUCAACCCAAUAUCUACUGCUACAGAAGUUAACGUUGGAUCUUUGACUUGCUAUUUAUUAUGCCUUCCCAAUGAAAUAAAACUGAAGAUUGUUGAGUCACUUGAUGGUGUAGAUCUUGCAAAGUUCGGGUGUGUUUGUUCAGAAUUUAGAAAUUUGGCAUCAGAUGAAUGUUUGUGGAAGCAAAAGUUUCUCUUGGAGUUCAGUGACAAGGUGAAGGAGCGUGCGGAAGGAGAGAGCCUCUGGAAGCACCAGUUUGCUGAGGCCUGGAGAGAGAAGAAGUUCCAUUCGAGGAUAUUAGUAGUUCCCACAGCGGCAAGGUGCAAUCCUUUGUAUUCAAAGAAGUACUGUAAAUUCGUGUUGAAGAAUCUGAAGCGUCAUGGGUGAUCCAAAGCUCCUAGUGGUUUCCAUUGAUGGCACUGUGCCAAGGUUUAGCUUUGCCAGAAAGGGUGGUCUGGUCACGUGGGAGACGAUCAUCAAAGAUAUAAUCAAUACAAAUUAUUGUUUGGCAUUUGAGGUUAGAGAUGGAGAUGGCAUUUAUCAUGAUGCAAAAGAAGGCAAUAAGGUUGCUGUUUUGAAGUUUCAGUCUUCAAGAAAAAAUGCUUUUAUUUACGGGUGGGGCACCAAGAACUAUGAUGUCAAGUAUAGUGUGUGCUUUGAUGAGUCCGAGCUCAACGAGGCAUCUACAUCUACUGCUGCAGAAGAGACUAUCGAGUCUUCGACUUGCCAUUUAUUGUGUCUUCCUGAUGAAAUAAAACGGAAGAUUGUUGAGUCGCUUGAUGGUAAAGAUCUUGCAAAGCUCGGGUGUGUGUGUUCGAAAUUUAGAAACUUGACGUCCGAUGAGUGUUUGUGGAAGGAUAAGUUUCUCGUGGAGUUCAGUGAGAAGGUGCGGGAGCAUGCUGAAGGAGGGAGCCUCUGGAAGCAGAAGUUUGUCAAGGCCUGGAGAUGGAAGAAGUUCCUUUCCAUGAAUAUAGAAGUUCCGGCAGGGGCAGCGUGCUAUCCUUUGAAUUCGAAGAGCUACAUUGAUUUCGUGUUGACGAAUCUGUGAGCACUUCUACCAUUCAGUGUAGUCAAACACAAAUGCCUAUUUUUUAUGUGGUUCCUUAUUUAUUGUAUGGUUAUCUUGAAGAUUUUGCUGCUGUUGUAUGGCUUAAUUUAAGUUGGAUUACUUAUUA